AUGUCCGACACCACUCAGGAUACGCUGUUGCAGCGUCUUUUAGAAUUUCUGAUUACCUAUGGUCCCCUCCCAGCCGAUAUAGACUUCGGCGAAGAACUUACGGAGGCUCAUGGUCUUAUUGCUGAGUGUUUGGAGGCUCUCACCAAGCCUCUUGAAACCCCCGCGCCACUAGAACCCGUUAUUGAUACGGCUCAGGAAGAGGUCAUUGCCGGCCUCACCACAGAACUAGAAGCAGCCAACGAAAAGGCUGCCGAUUUUUGGCAAACCUUGUGCGAUAACCAGGAAGAUUCUACCGAGAUCAUCCGAGGUCGCGACGAGGUUAUCGUUGCUUUGAAGAUUGAGCUGGAGGAAUCGAAGGCUGAAGAAGAAGAGCUUCGAUUCCGUCUGGCACUACACCAGGAAAGUCUCGCCAUUGCCGACGAGAACCUCGCUGAUGCUGAAGAUGAGAUUCUUCACAUCACUUCUGUUGCAAAAGCUUGGGAAGUUCAAGCCAAUACCACCAUUGCUGAUCUUCGCUCCCGUGUCUCCGUCUCUGCCGCUAGAGUUAAAACCCAAUCUCGCCAUGUCUCCAAGCCUCGUUACCUGGGUCCUCGCGCCCAAGAUCCCCGUUCCAUUAGCAAUUGGCGAGAGAGGCCACUUGAAAAUGGGUCCCCAAAGCCGGCGUUAAAAG